CGUUUUGUGCCGGGACGUCCCCCGAUCUCUUGCUGCUUCUCCUUCUUCGUCACUUUCGCUGCGAGCAGAGAGCGAAUUGCUACUGCCCCACCUUCUUCAUCGGCUCGGAGGCUGGUCAGACUCGGGGGGCGGGUUUUAGCUAUGAGCUCGAAGAGCUUCGACUCGGCGUCUCUACUCGAGCCUAUCCCGAUAGACGCCUCCCUCACUCUCGUCCCGCGCGUGAGGGUCACUCUCACCGUGCACCCGACGAACCACUCCCACACCAAGCCCGUCGACGACUGGCAGCUCAAGAAGGCCUUGCUCGAUUUCCUCAAGAGCUCGCUCGCCGUCUCGCUCUCCGUCCCCGACGGCGACCUCGAAAUCAGGCGGGUGAAGGACGUCAGGAAGCGGAGGCGCGACGAUCCGGUCGCGCACGGCACGCUCGUGAUUCGCGACCUGGGCUUCCUGAAGAGCUCGAGGGGCUCGUACGCUGAGGAGAGCGGGGAGGAUGCGGCUAGGGCUUUGGAGGAGAAGUACGCGGAUUGGAAGAGGUAUCUGGUUGAGAAGAUGAAUGGCAUGGAUUUGGUACUUGGAGGUGUGAAGUUCAUGCUGGGUGUCGAAAUGCCGGUCUCGGAUAGCUUCCAAGCGAUGAGGAAGGAGUGGGAGGAGUUUCACGCUUUUGGAAAUCGAGGGCAUUCGAGAGGAAGAAGGCAAGAGCCGGAUACAAUCGUGCUGCGAGGAGUGCCGUCGAGGUGGUUUGCCGAGCCUAGAGUAUCGUCGAAGCCAUCGAUGUUGGUCACACAUACGAUCUUUUCUACAUUUGGAAGUAUAAGGAAUAUCAGUGUUGCUGAUGAUGAUGACUUUGGUCGGGAGAGCGAUGAGGAUCCAGAUGGCUUAGUUUCAGGUCUGCAUUGCAAGAUUGUGGUCCAAUUUGAAAAACACGAGGAUUUCCACAAUGCUAUGAAAGCUUUAUGCGGCCGAUCAUUGGAAAAGCAAGGUUCACGAUUGAGAGCUGACUAUGAGGUUUCCUGGGACAAGGAUGGCCUUUUCCGGAACUCGAGAAGUGAAACUCAAGAGAAAAGCAGCGGGAUGACUUCAUUGGCAUCGGGACCAUACAGAAGCGAAUUUCCAAAAUUUUCCCGCUACAGCCCUGAGAAAACUCGUCCAAAGAGGUUCAGGGAAUAAGAUGAGGGCUUUGCGUAGACUUAUCAUUCUCCCGAUUCCCCAUCUCUACCUGAAGUAGUGAAUUCUUGGGAUUUUGCCGAAGGUUAUCCAUCUUUUCGUCUUCCGAAUGUGACGUGCAACAAUAGCCUUCAGUACUUGAUGAAACAUCAUGUUUAAUGAAUGCUCAUGUUUACCAUAUUUGAUAGUAUAGUGGACUUUUUAUGACCAA